GAGCUGUGAUCGGAGAAGUGACAACAGCAAUGCGGGCGAAUAGGGGGAAAAUAAGUGGGAAUGCUCCGGUUUUCCGUAGCAAGCUUGCGGAUCGUACCUUUAUUUGGCUGUAAGGUGCAGCUGAGCGGACCAUUCGUUUCUGAAAACACACAUUAGCAGGCUUGAGCGCAGGCAGGACCGGGCCGGAUAUUUUUUUUCCCGAGGAAAACCUGAAACCACAUCCGUGUUCCCAACCCUGCUGCUGCGGUCGUGUGGGAUACUCGUCAAAAACAAUGGUUGCUUGAUUUUUUUUUUCUUUAUACAAGCGUCUACCACCUUUUUUUGCCAACAUAGAUUUCCAACAUUUCCCACGAUCGCUAUGGUGGACUCCCCUGCCGUGAGGAAGACUUUUGUGGUCCCAGACAUAAAGCCAUUGGAUCUGUAUGACAGCACUAAAUCAAAAAUAUGCGCGAGUGUCGGGUGGCUGUUGGCGAGGUCCUACGGCGGUUCAGAAAAUGUCCCUGCAGAGCUACAGGACCCCUUCUACUGUGACCAGUAUGAACAGGAGCAUCUUAAACCUCCAGUCACACGUCUUCUUCAGUCUUCAGAGCUAUAUUGCCGCAUCUACAGCAUUUUACUUGGAGGUGCGGGAGCCGAGGCGCAGCCCAAAGACAAUGGCGCCUUGCUGCAGCUCCUUGCUCAGAGGGGUGUAGCCGCCAAAGACCAGGAGGCUACAGUGACCGAUGCAGACCUCCGACAUAAACCCAUCAAAAUGAGUGCUCAUCUGGCGCUGAUGGAUGCCCUGAUGACCAUCGGAGUCAUGGAGACGGUGACUGCAGUCAAGACACGUGAUUCUGCUGAGCUACUGGGUGAAGCCGCCAGGUGGGAGGAUGCGCUACUUCACUGGGUUGAUGUGUUAAACCAGAAGCUGAGGGAUCGUACCGAAGGUGUGCACAAUGAGUCAUCGCAGGACGUUCCAGAACCCCAACCCGUUGAGCCCUUGUGUCCUACUCGCUGGUAUUGGAAACUUGUUCCUCUCCGCUACAGGAAGGAUAAGCUUCAGUCCAAAGUGAAGCCCAUCUUUCCAUCAGUGAAAGACGUCCAGGAUCUUUCCAGUGGUUGUGCUGUUGCUGCAGUCAUACAUUAUUAUUGCCCGGGGCUACUAAGGCUUGAAGACGUUCACAUGAAGGACUCCAUGUCUGCAGCAGAAAGACUCCACAACCUGCAAGUUAUCCAUGAGUUUUGUGACAGCUGUCUGAAGGGCUGCUGCAGCUUAACACUCGAGGACAUGUUAUACACACCUCCGGAGCUUCAGCUGAAUUUGCUGAGCUUCCUGUCAGAGCUGCUUUGGUGGUUUGAAGUUCAACGACCAGAAUUUGUUCAACCAAUAGACACUUUAGAUGGCUCCACACCAGUGACACCAAGUGGUAGCAGUACUUCCCCUUCUAUAUUCAAGAAGCCCUUCCUCCCCAUUUCCUCCCCUGCUUCAGGAUCUUUGACUCAGUCUACCUCAAUGUCUCAUAUAGAAGGAGUUGGAAAGACAUGGAGCAAGAAACCACUCAGUCGACCCUUGUCGGCAGUAUCCUUCAGCAUUCCCUUUGGCCUGGAUAGUGAUGUGGACGUAGUGAUGGGAAACCCUGUCAUAACCCGCUCUGUGAGCUCAGAUCAACUCAAUCCAGCAAGACAAAACAUGGCUCAUGUGUCCUAUACUCCUCCUGAAGACCUCAGCCAUGUGCUUGGUAAAUCUCCUGGACCCAAUGUUUCACAGAGAGCAUCUUGGGCCACACAGUCUCCCAGUAUUCCCAGGCUAGAAGAAGAGAAUGAUCUUGGAACCAGUGAGACGGGAGAGCUGCCUACCAUAGAGGAGGCUCUUCAAAUUAUUCACAAUGAAGGCAAGAUGGAGCCACGUUUGCACCCUGACGGUGCUCCUGAUGGCUUCUACCUCCACUCACCUGAUGACCCUGCUAGUUCUAGGUAUGACGGCAACUUGGCACCCGUCAGCUGUUCUGCUCCAACACACUCAGGAAUCAUGUACCAGUCUAAAGGAGAGUUCAGGGAGCUAAGUCGUAGCAGAAACACCUCCGGAUGUUCAAGGGAUGACGACUCAGUCUUGAGAGAUGGCAGUGUGGAUUCAGAUGCCUUAGAAGAACUACCGAAAGCCCAGUCCACUCCAAACACACCAGCUGCACAUGCAAACGCUGCUCGAGGCCAUAGUCAGGAGGUGAAUGACAGUGGGGUGAAGAUGACCAGCUUUGCAGAACGCAAAAAGAAACAGAAUUUGGAUUCUCCUAAAACUAGCAACCCGUCUUCUCCUCAGUUGACCACAUGGGCACAGAAGUCUGAAGAAAGCCCAAGCAAGAACCCACAACUCAACAAUGAGAUGUCUGAGCUUGGAGCUCGGCUUGAGGAGAAACGCAAAGCCAUAGAAGCUCAGAAGAAACGCAUUGAGGCCAUUUUUGCAAAGCACCGCCAAAGACUUGGGAAGAGUGCCUUUCUACAGUUAAAAAAAGAGCAGAACGAGGAUGAUGCUGAGGAGAAAGGAGAUGGUCCACUCAGAACAUCAUCUACUGAAGAUUUCUCACACUUGACUUUGGAGGAAAGGCUUGCUCGGAUGGAGGAAGAUGAGCGGAGCGAACAAGCUAAACGGCGCCCCUCUGUGGAGGGUGACGGUGAUGUGAAUGGAGGACAUAGGUUUAGUCAGACCAAAGACGAGGCAGAUGCACCAGGAGAGAAAAGCUCUGGGACACCUGCUGAGAAAACGGUAGCUCCUGACAAAAUGGUAGGAGACUAUAACAACGCUGUGUCCAAGUUAACUGCAGCUCUGUCCUCUCUGCAAAGUGACAUGCAGAAGCUUACUGAACAGCAGAAUCAACUUAUCAAGAACAAACCUGCUGCUUCCAGCAACAAAUCCUGGGUUAUUCCUGCCAGCACCAAAACAUCCACCCCUGCUCCACCUCCAGCACGCCUGUCACGAGAACCCACCCGGGGUUUCAACUCAACUUCCCCCUCUCCAUCGCCAUCACACAAGAUGGCAAAGCAUCCCACUCCUCCAAAAUCUCCUCAUGUCAACAGGAGAGCACAGUCUGUACCUCCUAAAAGCCCAAAACACAGUCGUCAAAUGGACAUGAAGGUCCCAAGCUUGUCGAGGGUUCUCACCGCGCCUCAAAAUGUGGACCGUAUCCCCCAUCUUCGCAGGGUAAAUCCAUGGCAAUCCCAAGUCCAGACUUCAUCCUCUUUUUCUAUCGGAGACACUACUAGCCUGGAAGAGCUGCGCUCAUCUGGACCAACUCCUGUUCCCACACCUUCACCGACACCAUUGCAAACUCCUACCCCACCACCACUUCCUUCAGAUGAUGCCCAGUCUGAAGUAGGCUCGAAUGAUGGACAAAGUAUAUUUAGCAUGGACCUUGAGGUGGGGCCCUCCCAUAGUCCUUUAAAGAAGGAUGGGCUUGCCAGUGGAGGCUGCAGCUCUGGUGCUCCAUCCGAGUGCUCCUUCGACAGCGAAGCCCCUGCGGGGAUGCUGAAUGGCAAACGCAGUAGUUUGAUAGAAAUCUCAUUGUCUUCCUUGCAAAGAGAAGAUGAGGAGGAAGAGGAGGAUCAAGUGCCGGAUACCUUCUCUGAUUCAGUGAAUGACAGAACAGAGUCAGAAUCUAAAGCAGGAGUUGGGUUCUUUUUCAAGGAUGACCGACAUCGGCCAGAGGAUGAGAUGGCCCAACGAAGAGCAGCUUUGCUUGAGAAACAGCAGAAGAGAGCAGAAGAGAUGAAGAAGCGCAGACUUGAGCAAGAGAAGGAAAAAGAAUCAAACAAACCACAGUGGAUGAUCAUCAAAGGCUGGGGUGAAGAUUCUCCUCAAACUCCAGUCACUCCCCCAGCACCAGGCACCUCCCCAGCAGAAGGGACUCCCCAGCGCAGAGGGGACUUCACCAGGCAGGAGUAUGAGCGGCGACAGCAGCUGAAGCUUAUGGAGGACUUGGACAAAGUGUUGAAGCAGAAACCCACUACAGUCCGUGGAGUUAAGAAGCAACGACCCAAGACUGCGUUCAGAGAUGACUCGGUCUUAUCCAACAGCCCUGCCAAGGGCUUUCUGGGCCCGCGGCUGAACAAGGUGUACUCCCACUCAACCAUGAACCUGUCCUCGGUGGCAAACGACUCAGGAGGUCUGAGUGUCAGGAAGUCUCCAAGUCGUUCACACUCUCCCUCUCGGGCACGGCUAAUGUCACCCGGGCGAAGAAGUGCUCAGAAUGGAGAAAAAGACUGGGAAACUGGUUCCACCAUCUCCUCUCCAGCCUCCAUCCCAGAAUACACAGGACCAAAGCUAUACAAGGAGCCAAGCUUUAAGUCCAACAAGUUCAUCAUCCACAACGCCAUCACUCGCUGCUGUCUGGCUGGAAAGGUCAACGAACCCCAGAAAAACAAAGUUGUCGAGGAAAUGGAAAACAGCAUAGCCAAUCACUUCCUCAUCCUCUUCAGAGAUACCAGUUGCCAAUUCCGAGCAGUUUACACCAUGAACUCUGAAACUGAGGAGAUGGUACGGCUCACUGGCAUUGGCCCCCGAGUCAUCUUUCCUGAAAUGGUAGAAUCCAUAUACAAGUACAGCUCUGACCGCAAACAGUUCACCGUCAUCCCGUCCAAAACCAUGUCCAUGAGCGUUGACGCCUUCACUAUUCCUGGACACUUUUGGCAGAAACGCCCAGGAACCCCCAAAAAGCUCAGCACCCCAAAAUAAAGACGCACCCCUAGAGAGGUUAAGGACGCUACUAUUCAGGGACUCCACUCCCAACUUGACUCUUUUUCUCUGUAGUUAAGCCAGCGUGGCACUUCAGAGACUAGCAGCAGACAGCAUGGCUGGUCUACAUGGUCUCCAAGAAAACCCCAGUCAGCUGUACGCGUCAACAGGACGAGUCAUUCACUCCUUCAGUCAGCCGAUGGAUUCAUCUUCACAGCUUCUUUGGAUAAAGAAUCCCAUUUCCCCUUCUUCCUCAUGCCUUGCCUUACCCUGCCAUGCCUGGGUCGUUUUUGCACUCCUGGUUAAGAAGAGGGGGACGACCACACUGCCUUUGCCCACACAUCAAUACUUGGGGCACAAGUAGUCCCCCUCUUGGCUCUGCUUGCUUUUCCUUUAGAUGCCUUUUCUUCUUCCAGGGCUCGGUUCUUUUUCUUUGGUCUGCUGAGACGAGUGGCUCAGGUCUGAUCAGCUGAAAUGUAAUGGCAGGCAAUGCUGCUCCUGUAUGAAUGUAGGGCACACACUAACCUUCUAUUCAGGGGUGUUUUCACCACUUAGUCAGGACAAUAAUCGCUGGUCCGACUGGGGGCUGCACUAAUGGUGGCGACUUUAUUUGCCAGUAGAUUUGUACGCUCAGAAACAAGUUGUGCACCCACCCCCUAGCCCCAUCAGCCGUAGACAUCAGGAUGUUUUUAUACUUUUUGACAUGUUUUUGCAAGACAACAUGAUUGAGUCAUCGGGAGCUGAAAGAGAUAUUUAAUUUCAUGUGACUUUAUUACUUUCUCGUGGAAAUGUUAAUCUGAGCUUGUCUUAAAAAAAUCAUGAAGGAGGGCUUUAUCAUGUCGAUCAAUACUUGGAUACAGCUCUGUGUGAAAAUGAUGAUAAUAAAUGCUGAUUUAAUAUAUUCUGAAUGCCGAUUACUUAUUUUGUUUUGGACAAUGAUUUGUAAAAAAUAUGGGUUGACCUGUGAGCUACAAAUAAGCUAGCCUGCUGCUUAAAAGCAUUAGUGAGACGUAUGUUUGAGACGAGAAUGAAUGAAGAUGAAGAUUUGAAUAAUUGAAGGUCUUGGGAACUGUUGAUGGGUGACUAAAUCCUCGAGGUCACCGGGCCUGCUUCCUAGUGCGUUGUUCCCUGUUUGUGUGUCCUGGCAUAUAAACAGUAGGUUUCUAAGUGAAGGAUCGUUCUGGACUGUAACAGCCCUCAUCUACCCUGCAGUCUCUUGAGACUUUCCACGUACAACUGGGGAAUGUAAAAAUGCCAAAUGUUCUGUCUUUCCUUUUUCUUUAUGUCCAUGCUAGUAAAGAAGAAAAUGAACUCCAGUUUCUCAAGAUCAAAUCGAUUCUGUCAGAAAAUUGGAAAGCGUUAGCGAUAUGCUCUUUCUUUACUCUUCAGCACUGCAAAUGUUGCCACCACUCAGCUGUCUUCUUUAAAAUCACUGACUGCCUCCAAGAAAUGUGAUGUUUAGAAGGUGAUUCCUGUAGAAAAAUGUUAAAACAUGAAUAGAAGAGAGAUGGUUGGGUGACUGCUUUUGUAUGAGUGCAUGUGAAACGCCAGGAUGUUCAUGUUCAGGUGUUUAGGGUGUGAAAGCAAACACAGCAAUUUGAUUCUGUGCAAUUUUCCCCAAGAAGCAUAACCCAGAGAUGUAUUUAAUUUAGUUUGAAUUGUGUCCAAUUUGUUAUGUAGUUUCUGGUUCUGCUUUUCCCUUUUUACUUUGUUAAUUAUGUGUCGCUUUGCCAUUUCAUAGAAAUUGUCUUGAUGUGUUUUGGUUUUCCUGUUUUACAUCAUGUGCCAGCACAUUGUGUGUGUUCAUUUCAUCCCCCAACUUGGCAACUGGACCAUUAAAAUAAAAUCUUUUUUUAAAUCAUA